AUGAAGGAAUCUAUAAGUUUAUGGAUAUGGAUAACAUCUAUAAUUAUCAUUCGACUUCAACACAUUUCAUCGAGUAUGAUCUGCAUGAAAUUAAAAACGAUUGAUCGAGUUUGUAAAACAGAUGAAGGUAAAUUGAUACCAUAUAAACCAGAAUACAUAAAUUCAAAAAAUAAUCCAGAAGAAUCAGUUGAAUAUAAAGAUAAUUCAAUAAAUAUUAUUCACGAUUUUGUAUUCUAUGAUUCACCUUCCUAUCGUAAAACGAAAAGUUUAAAAUUGCGUUUAUCAAAUGGAAUUUUAAUAAUAAGCCCAUUAACAUUUCAUUUAUCGAAACUUGAGCAUCUAGAAAUAACUCCAGGCUCAGUUAUGUUGGAACCAAAAACUUUUCAGAGAUUAAAUCAUUUAAAGUCUCUUAAAUUGAAAGUUAAUGAAACAGAUGUAAGUUUUUAUCAAGUAUUGCCAAAUUUUCCGAAUUUAGAAAGUUUAGAAUUGAUUGAAUAUGAAUUUGAAAGUAUUUGUGAUCCAUGGAACACUCAUCUCAACAUAUCAAGUUUAAAUUAUACAGCAAGUAUUAUUAAUAAACUAUCAUCAGGGUCAUUCAGAUGUUUGCCAAAUCUUAAGAGUUUAAUAAUAACGAGAACAAACGUGUCCGUGAUAGUAUUUGGUGCUUUUGAAAAUUUAAAAAACCUAGAAAGACUAGAAUUAACAUCCAACUGGGGAAUAACUUCUAUCCCAAGAAAUUUUUUGCAUGAAUUGACAAAUCUGAAAAUCCUGAAUUUAGCUAACAAUUCAAUAUUGAGAAUUGACAGUGAUGCAUUUGCUCCAAUAAAUAACAAUUGUCAAAUACUUAAUCUAAGUUACAAUUUUUUGGAAUUUUUGGAAUAUGGAUGUUUCAAAAAUUUUGAAUGCGAAACAGUUGAUCUUGGUGGAAAUAACAUUCAGUAUAUUGGAAGUAAUGAAUUUAAAAAUUCAAUAAUUAUUAGAUUGUUUUUGGAUGACAAUAUUAUUAAUAAAUUCGAUAACAAAAGACGUUGGGGUCUCCAAAAUUCUACCACAGUAUAUUUUAAGUACAAUUAUUACGAAACUGUGACUAACACAGAUAAAAACUACACCCAUUGUUAUGAGAGUGAUCAGGAUAUUUAUGUUAUUUGCAAAAAACUAAAAUAUAUAUCAUCGGUAUCACAGAAAGUGUUGCCUUAUAGACUUUUGCCAACGACACUUGCAAUUUAUGACAAUGGAGCAUAUGGAAUUAAUUCCGAUGCCUUUGUUGAUUUGAGCAUUGAAACAUUGAUAAUAGAAUCAUCUGCCGAUGCGUUUCAUGUACGAGAAAACUCAUUUAUGAACAUGAAGAAACUCAAAAAUCUUCAACUUAUUACAAGUCGAAUUAUUCUAAAUGAAGGUUCAAUUUUACCAAUAAAGGAUACCUUGGAAAAUUUGACAUUGUCAGUAGAUGAAUUAUAUGUUUAUCUUUGUAAAGUAAUAAUAAUGUUAAAAAAAUUAAAAUUCUUGAUAAUUCAAAAUCACUAUGCUUUUCAAUUUCAUCAGUGUGGUGUUUUUAAUAAUGAUUAUUAUAUCACACUGAGAAGUCUCAGAUAUAAUGGUGGAUCAUUCGAAAUUCUUCCAUCAAAAUCAUUUGAAUUGUUAAAAACAUUGGAACAUCUAGCUAUUUAUCAAAGUAGUCUUCAAGAAAUUGAAGCUGAAGCAUUCAAUGGUCUUCAAAAUCUUAGAAUUCUUAUCAUACAGUUCAAUCGAAAUUUAACUGUCAUCAAGAAAGGUGUACUCAGUGGAUUGAAAAACUUGGAUAUACUUAUAUUGAAACGCAAUUCAAUAUCACUUAUUGAGGAUGAAGUAUUUAUGGAUUUAAAUAAAACAAUAUCUUUGUUAGACCUUAGUAGCAAUAAAAUACAAUCAAUCACACAAAAAACUUUUGAAGGAGUUCUUAUUGGACAAUUAGAUCUUUCGGAUAAUCGAAUAAUACAUUAUGACGAACAAUAUAUGAAAGUUGGAACACUUUAUAUAUUUAAUAAUGAUAAAAUAAUUUAUAAAGAUGAUAGCAAAGUAACUAAAAUUCAAUCAUCAUGUCACAUGCAAGGAUUAUUGAUAAUUUGUGUUGAAGACAAUGUCAUGACAUUUGUAAGUCUCAAUCAAAAUUUACUUGACCCUGAUAUAGAAUUGUCUGAUUUACGUAAAAGCUCAAUUGAUAUACCAAUUGAAAUACAAGUUAAUAAUAUAUCAUCAAUUGAUAAAAAUGCAUGGACAAUUGAAAUGGGGGCAUUGGUAUUGAACCACGCUAUGAAAUUUGUGAAUGUAAGCAAUAAUCAAUUGGUUAAUAUCAAAGCAGGAACAUUCAAAGGAAUGAAAUGUGACUACCUUGAUUUGAGUGGAAAUAAAAUUUUAUCUCAUGAGAUAAAUAUACUUGGUCUUGCUGAUAUUAAAAAAUGGAAUAUUAAUGGUCAUAUCGGUUUUCAAGGUCAUGCUACAAAAGCCGAGGAUCCAUAG